CCCGGCUUUUCAAAUGAAAGCAAGCUAGCGUUUUCCUUCACCUUCGAUUAAAUGCGAUUUUUUUAGUUAUUAAUUCGUUGAUAAGUUUUAAAAAUCAUUCAGCAGGCAGAUCAUGCAUGCAUGAGAAUAAAUAUUUUUUUUCCACAUAUAAUAUAGAAAUUAAUAUUAUUAAGCUAUAUAUACAUAUCAACAAAUUAUUUGACAUACAUACGUUGAUCCAUAUAUAGAUAGGAUAUAUAGAGAAGUAGAGAUGAAGGAAAACGGCGGCGGGAGAAAGGGCGGCGGGGCAUGUGGCGUGGCGGCUUCUCCAUGCGCCGCAUGCAAGCUGCUGAGAAGGAGGUGCGCUCACGGCUGUAUUUUCGCUCCGUAUUUCCCGGCCGACGAGCCGAACAAGUUUGCCUGUGUCCACAAGGUUUUUGGUGCUAGCAAUGUCAACAAGUUGCUCCAGGAGUUGCCAGAGCACCAACGAGGUGAUGCGGUUAGCUCAAUGGUGUACGAGGCAAAUGCAAGGAUGAUGGAUCCAGUGUAUGGUUGUGUUGGGGCUAUUUCAACACUGCAGCAACAAGUUGAUGUUCUCCAAACACAAUUAGCAAUUACACAAGCUCAAGUGGUGCGUAUGAGAAUGAGACAGUUCUCUUCCCUCUCCAAUGGUGGUUCACCCUCCAACUCACAAGAAACUGCUUCACCAUCUUCUUCUAGGCACACUCGUUCUAACCAUAAUGGGGACCCUUUUAGCAUGGACAUGGUGGUGGACCAACGCAAUGUUAGCACUUCCUUGUGGUGAUCAAUGCCAACAUGCCACUACAAAGAAAACACGAGAUUGAAGGAGAUUUUUGGUAGGAAUUCGCUAAAAUUCAUAGAAAAUUUGGCAGUGAUAUGUCAAAUCCGUGCCAAAAGCAUUUUGACACGAAAUCAUCGGUCAAUUCGUGCCAAAUCUGUGUCAAUCCCGUAAAUUUUUUUGUAGUGUGCAUGCAUGUAAGCAUGCAGCGUACAUGCAUAUC